CCACAACAAAAACAACAACAGAACUCAGCUGUUCAAAAUGCUAACUAGCCGGCCUAGUUAGUGCGCGCUCUUCUUUUGUCUUAGUUUUAUUUUGUGCUUCCCUUACCGGAUCAAUAUUUAUCAGUACAUGCAGGUUUAAGAGUUAUUUUUGUAAACAUGCGCGUUAUUUAGCUUUGUUUUUAACUUCCUUUUUCCUGCUAAGAGAUUAGCAUUUAAACAAGACGGAGCCUCAUCGAACUGAAGCUUUCUCAAGGCUGACGUAUUUAUGGCCAAACUAGACCACAAGACCGCCAGGUGGAGAGUCUGACCUCCGCCGAUGACCACCAGCGUUUCGCCGCCUGUCAAAAUGUCUCCCCGGAAGCGGCCCCUGGUCCCGGUGAGCAGCAGGCGGAAGGCGGCGGACGACCACUUCCCCUUCAACCUGCUGCCGGUGGAGUGCCAGCUGCACGUCCUGUCCUUCCUGAGCGAGGUGGACAAGUGCAGCUGCGCUCUGGUCUGCCUGAGCUGGAGCUGCCUGGUGCGCUCCUGGAAGCUGUGGCGGGUGGCCGACUACUCCCGCCGCGGCGUUUUCCACCUGGGCCAGGAGGGCCUGCUGGUCUCCAACCGGGAGUUCGAGCGGUGGAAGUCUUGGGUCCACCACUACACGCACCACCUCAUCUCCCGCCGGGCCAGCCUGCUCACGCUGAAGGCCAGCUUCGACCUGGGAGACCGCUGCCACAAGUGGAGCGAGCUGCUGAGCCACCUGCUGGACAACGUCCACUGCCGGGACCUCAGCCACCUGGACCUCAACUGGACCUUCACUCUCCUGGAACCGCUGGACCUCAGGGUCCACUCCAGCUCCAGUUCGCACCAGGACAGCUUCAACAAAAUGGACCAGGUGACCAGCUUCCAGGAGCUGCUGAGCAAACUCACCCACAGCUGCCCGCGCAUCUCCAAGAUGCGGCUGCACUUCGACUGGUCGGACCUGUCCGUCUCUCUGCUCACGCACUUCCAGCAGCUGCGGGUCCUGGAGCUCAAAUACUUCUGGGUCUUCAAAGGGGUCACGCCGUCCACGCUGCAGACUCUGACCAGGUCCCUGCCCAACCUCAGGUCCCUGACUUUACACAUCCUGGUGCCGCUCAGGAACCUGGGCAUCUCCUACACGCUGGAGUCUCAGUCCCUGGAGUUCCUGGACGUGUCCCCCAGCAGAGGUCUGGUCUUCUCCUUCCUGAAGCUGCCGGCUCUGCGGGAGCUGCGGGCCAAGAAGAUCGUGCGCGGGAUCACGCUGGACCGGAGGACCCGGCUGCGGAUCCAGAGCCGGUGGCCCUGCCUGUACCACGUCCUCCGGGAGGGCACGCCCAAGCUGCAGGCUCUCAACAACGAGCGGCUCCUCCCCACGUGGAGAGAGGAGGGCUACGGGGAGCUGACCGCCAUCCUGGAACAGUCCUGCUACUGCGUUCAGCAUCUGGACAGCUGGCUUUGGUAGGAAACACAGACAAUCCACCUCUCACACUGACUGUCAGUGGACUGAAGCUCAGAGGGACACAAACGAGUUGAAAAUGGACACUUGAACAGAUGUAAUUUGCUGUUACAAACGUGUUGUUAAAUGUUAAUGAGGCAGAGGUGCUUUUGUGAGGCUGCCAAAGGCAAAGUUGCUCGGUGCUGAUUCCACUGGGCCGCUGCGGCCGGGAAGAAGCAGCCUCUCUAAGUUGUUUCAGACCUUUUAACUUGUGGAGAAAAAAAGAAAAAUGUGAGAACGAAGGCAAAAUAUUUCGGGGGGGGAAAAAACUUUGUCGUUAUAGAAUCUGUUUGAGACUUCAGAAGUCUAGGACAAAUUAUUUUUAAAAAGAUUUUAGUGGGAAGUUCCUUGAGUUUUUUUAUUUAGGAAGUUUUCCUUAUUUGAGAGAAAACAUAUUCAUUUCAAGGACCCGCUGACCCAUGUAUCACUUAAAAGAGAUUCUUCCAACAAGUGCGGCAACUUUUCUGUAUCUUAAAAAAUUGCACAUCUGAAUCCUUCCAGGUGUUCCACCUCUUUAAGACAGAAUCACUAAAUCACACCUCUGAAUAUUACAACUUGAACCUCAGAGAGUUGCAGCUUUUCUUCAGAGGAUCACGUGGCUUGCUCUUGUAAAAGUUUUGCGUCUAAGUUUUGGACGUUUUCAAACCUAUUUUGCCUUUUUCCUCACGAUCAGAGUGCCUAAAAAACGAGGCUCCUCCACUGUGGAAAACAAUGACCUGUACUGUACCGUUAAUGGGUUGUUCUGUAGCUUGUUGUUCGUUGUUUUAAUGCUCAGAAACAGCUGCUUGGGGCUGAUGGCCGAGCUGCUAACAAACUGAUGUCCUUGUAGAAAUGAGACGAGAGAUCACAGAGAGUGUGCAGGAAUUAUUUAGAAAGGGUUUAUUAUGAACAGUGAAAUUGAACAAAAUUGUCAAUGCACUCAAAAAAAAAAGAAAAAAAAAGACA